AUGGCAUACAGGCCUGGCAUUAUAAGCUGCAGUGCUAAUGGAAAACCAAAUCCACAGAUUUCUUGGAGUAAGGAAGGAGGAAAGUCCUUAAACCCGAAACGAUUCACUCAAGUAUCCGACGGUAGCCUGCAUAUUAAAUCUGUACGGCCUGAAGACGAUGGAAAUUACACCUGUACCAUGAAACAAACUAAAGAAGCAAAGAGGGUCACAAGCAAAGAUAAAGACAUUCGAGUGUCAGUUCUAAGUGAGUGACCAAUGGGAUAAUAGAUAGAAAGUCAUAAAGUCAGUUCUUCAAAUGUAAUUAAUUUAAUUUACUCAAUUUAAAACCUUUCCGCUGUCCAUCGCAGAUAUGUGAGGCGACAUUUUAUCGUGGAUGUGUUCGUUGAUUUUAGUUGUUUGCAAGUAGGGUGUCAUGUUAAAAACAAUACUCAAGUUAUUUAUCAACAGUGUAGUUUCCUCGUCAUGACUCAAAGUAAGUGCUCUUUGAUGAAGUUUAUAGUUUCUCUCCAAACUGGUAAUGUGCUUAAAUCGACUUCGGUUGGUCUUGGUGACAAAUUCACUCUCUGAAUGCAGUAUAAUCGUUUAUCUCGCCAUGAAGUCACUUUGGAUAUGGAUCGCGACUUUUUGACGGCAUCUUGUGUCUUCUGCGUGCUAUAAGGUCGGUAGAUAUGCAUGACCUUAUGAAACUCUCUGUUUGGCUGUGAUUCGCUGGAAUCCCACAUAGGUUUCGAUUGGCACGCUUUGACCAAAUGUUCUUCCGAAGUCCACUGUCGCAAAGUUAUCCUGUUUUUGUGUUUCUUGUGGUCAGCAUCCAUGUUUCUGAGAUGUCUAUCCCAAUGUCCAAUUUAUGCUGUAACAGGCAAAGUCUCAUGUGGAUGGCCUCUUUUACCCUGCGUUUAAUAAUAAUAGGAUCACUAUCAAUAUACUCUACUUCAGUCCAGAGCAGGUGGUUUCCAGGUGUCUUCUGAAACUGCAGAGGCCUUUGUCUUAGCAUGUCGUUUCUCGAUCUGCCAUAUUGCUCGUUUAACCUUACUUCCAUAGGUCUGCCUGUUCCGCCGAUCUAAACUUUGCCGCACUCACAUGGAAUCUUGUAAACCACGGGCUCUUGUUUUAAAGAUGCAGUGCCAUAGAUGGCGGGUGUGUUGUUACUAUUUGUAACAUCAAUGAAGUGAAUGGAAUGCUUUCGGUUCUGCAAAUGCUGUAGGAAGCUAUCAGCGUUUUCGCGAACCAAGAUUGUGAAUGUGUCAUAUACAUAGCGUUUCGAGAUCCUUCGCUGGUAAGAUGAUAAGGUUAUUGAUUGCUCCUAUAACCCUAUAUGUGGAGAUUAGCAAUAACGGCGGAGACCAGACUCCCCAUGGCUGCGCCUUCUGUCUUACGUAAACUGGUGGCCCGAGAUAAUAGGAGUAUGUAGACCUCGAUACGAAGUUCGAAAGGUUCGCGAUCUGACAAACGAUUAUACUUCAUAUGAAGCGCUACUGUCAUCAUCAAAUGUUCAUUUAGUUACGGCGUCUAAUGUGUUUAAUGCAAAUGAUAUAGGAAUACCUCCGAUUUUCCAAUAAUAUGUUAUUUAUUUACCUUUUAGUUCAACCAAAAGUGGAUAUUUCUGGAGCAAGCAAUCUCAUCGUAGAAGGAAACAGUGUAAACUUGACGUGUAAAGUUGUGGCGGGUCGGCCUGAACCACGGAUCACCUGGCUCAAGAAUAAUACAUUGCAAGGACAGAGUUUGUCUCUCUUCUUUUCUGAGAUAACAAAGGAGGACGAAGGGCGGUACACUUGUAGGGCAGAGAAUGAAGCAGGCAAUUCUAGAAAAGGCAUUAACAUUUCUGUAAAGGGUGUGUUUUAUAAAGCUCACAACUGUAUUAUAAUUCAAUCAUGCAUUUGAUAUGUCUACGGAGUGCGGAUCAAUAUUCAGUGGGUCCGACUCUAGAUUAAGGUGUCUGGGUCUGAGCUAAGGGUAAAGAUAAUUGUAGAAAACUAUCGGAAACUUUAAAAAAAUGCAAGAGCUUUCAGCUAUUAUCUGCGACUGAUUCACCAGUGAGGAACAGGUCCUGAAUGAAUAAUUUUUUCAGAGUGCUUCAUUAGUUAUUUAUUGCGAAGAACUGGAAAGUCUUUACAAUUGUUCCUUUGUUCUCACUCUAACAAUUUGAUGAUUUCAUGGCUAAGUUAGUAAUAUAGCCUGACUGAUGUGGUUUUUGGAAGGAUUUGUUUGAUAUGAUAAAAAAGUGGCUCAUUGUCUUCUUUUCCUUCUUUUUUUAUUGUUAUUUACUAUUGCUAUUAAUAAUUAUUUUUUCUAUUUGCGGGGAGGGAGGUUGGGUGGCUUCUAAAUUUUGUAAUUUGUGUUUACAUGCUUAUUUUGCAGUUCCACCCCGUGUUCGUAAUGAGGCUAGAAAUCUCAUCGUUGCAUUUGACUCCACAUUUAAAAAAGAGUGUUAUUUGAGAGGUAAUCCACAAGUAUCUGUUAACUGGACCAAGGAUGGAGUGCUAAUUAGUAAAAACAACUUCUUGGUUAUUAGACAAGCGACGCUUAAAGGAAAGAGGGUCCAAAAUUACUUCUCGACCAACGCACAACCCCCUCUUAUUCACUCAAGGUUACGCGCGGGAAAAAAAAAAAAAAAAAAGAGAAAGCGGGGGAAGGAGCAAAGAAACAAAGAAGAUAACCAACCAGUUUGCUCGUAAAAGUGAUCCUGCAAUAAAUCCUUUUUCCCCCGGAGGAGGGUGUUGCAGAUACGUUGGUUCCUCCCUCUAGAUCUGCUGCUGAAUCCAGUAGGGUCUUUUCCUUCCUUUGGACCUAUUCUCCCCUUACCAGUGACUGAUUAUCCCGUGUUGAAGUAGGCAGUCUAACAGACUGACUAUACGGUGCUUUUCGCUGGCAAAAGACAUUUACCGAACGAAAGGUGAGAAGCAUCUGCAGUGAUGGUAAAACUAAAGAGAGUAAGAACUAUCGAUAAGAUUCAAACCUCAACUGGUUUCGAUUCGGCCUCUAUACUCACAGUCAACUCAGCCGUGGCUGAGUUCUGAGAGUUAGGUAAUCUGCUAGCUGCGAAAAUUAUCAUCCAAACGGUUAUAGGAAUAUGCGAGGUUUGUAACUCUUCCGAAUUCUUUCUGGCUUGAACAUAUGUAUUAAUCAGAAUGUGUCUCAAUGAAUGUAUACUUUUGUUGUAGCCACUGCUGGAGAGGAAGGAAGGAAAUGUCUGAUGAGGGAAAUUGAGCUGGGGAAACUUAUCGGUGAAAACAUUCCGCCAAACAUUGUAAAGUUCAUGGGCUGCGUUACGACAGAAAGUAAGUACUAAGCGUAAAGCAUCUUUUCUAGGUAUAUUUUAUUAACGAUAGUACAAAUGCUGAAUGAACCCUCUUCGGACCUCUUAACAUGAGUUCCGUAAAUAAAAUGUUAAUGGAACGAAGUUUGUCUUCUUUGUGCGGCAACCAGACUGUUUUCUCCAAGAGCAUGUAUCUAUCGACAGUUCACUAAGAUCUCGCUCGGAUAGCCUGAAAUCUCGUUAAAUGGGCUAACCGGCUUUCUCCCUUUAACCUAUGGCAAAUUUUUGAAAGUAAAUUCUGCUGAGGGUAGGUAACGAAAAAUGAGUCCUUCGUGUAGGCUAAACUGCUUUAUGAAGAAAGUCAUCCGGAAUGUUUUUUAUAUAUAUAUAUACAGUAAGGAGCCUUGACAUGGGGUUUAUUUACUUUUUCUUUUGUUUUACGUCGCUUAAGUUCACCCAAUACUCAUCAUGGAGUACAUGCCAUGUGGUGACCUCCUUGGUUACCUGAGAAAAUGUCGAGGAGUGAGGGAUCGCUAUUAUCUUGGUGAGGGAAGAGCCCAGGAUUUGACCAACUACGAUCUUGUGAUGUUUGCCAAACAAAUCGCCACCGGUAUGGUGUUCCUUGGAUCGCGAGGGGUAAGUGGAAUACUUUUCGCAUGUCAAUUCUAACUCAGAAAAAUCUUUCAAAGAUUUAAACUUUUAUUUUUUAAUAGUUCGGAUUUUGGCCAACAUAUUUGAGUGCUUUUGAAUUUAGAUAAAACCUCUAAGACCUUUUUUAGCCAUGAUGCUUUUUGUUGACAUUAGCAGGUCACUGCUUUUAAUAAAAAAAAGUAGAAAUGUUGGUUUUGUCAGCAUUAAAUCAUUAUAUAGGGCUGACUUAGUUUGAGCCCUUUUUCGUUCGAACGUACUCAAACGUUUGAUUCUCCGCUGCGCUAUAUAAACCUAUCGUUUCUUAGCUUUUGUAUUCUGGCUCCUUAUCUUCUGAUAGAUCAUCCAUCGUGACCUGGCAGCUCGAAACAUUCUCCUUGAUAAAAACUGUGUUUGCAAAGUGACGGACUUUGGUAUGGCAUAUCAAAGCUUCAAGUAUGGCCAUGGAAAUGCCAAAAAGGUAGAAAACACUUUUUUGUUGUAACAGUGCGGGGUUUUUCUGGAAACAAGUUGUAAGCGUAAGAAUAUUCUCUGCAGAAAGUUAAUGUACCUCGACUACCAACAGGGUUUCAUAGCUCACUUUGAAUUAAAAGAAAGAAGCAAAACAAAACAGAGUUCGAAAUAAACAGAAUAAGUACUCUGGCUUGGGCAUCGGGAUAUGUCAAUUUCAUUUACGUUUUUUGUAGAAAGUCUCGCGAAAGGAGUUACGUUUUCUGUUUUGCGUGACAGCUUUACGAAGGCCAACAUUGGAUUGACCUAUAUGGGAACGAGAAAUGUAGUUUUCUUUUCUCAUUUUAACAUAUUUACGUUAUGCAUGCAGCUUCAUAUUUUUUUAAAGAUGGCUUUGAAAAAAAGGGACAUAAGUUUUGUAAGGCAAACGUUUAUUGGUUGUUUUCCAGGGAUGUUUGCCAAUCAAAUGGACUGCACCAGAGAUUCUGCUGGGAGAACUUGCUGGACUUUCCACCUUGAGUGAUGUGUAUGUAUAGAUAUGUAUAUUAAUCCAACAACCUAACAAACUGAUUACCUUUGGAUUUUUCCUUAUCAUUUCUAGUCCAAAAUUCACUCAGCGAUUAACUGUGGAAUCUUUCUGAUAUGCUCUCGUUAGGUGGUCCUAUGGUAUCGUUCUUUAUGAGAUAGUUACCCUUGGUAAGCCAAACUAUGUUCAGUCAAUACAUUUAACGCUUAGAACAGCAAUGCGCAAGCACUAUAGAAGUAAUGCUAUUUUUGUUACUAUUAUUUUAAUAAGAUUUGUUAUUACUUACUUCUUGGCCAUUUAUCCCUGUAAAAUUCUUUAAGGUAAUUCUUUAGUUCUUACGUAAUGUUCCGUUCUGUAACUUAGUUGUGAGACGGUCACUGCAGAGUUGAUAUAUUAAGAAAUGUGACAUGUACUUGUCCUUAUGCAUUGACAGGAGGGAUUCCGUACGACGGAUGGUCAGAAGGCAUGGUGGUUGCAGAGGUCACAAAGGGAUAUCAGAUGCCAAAGCCCGAUCAUGUUGAUAACAAAGUGUGAGUUGCACUUUUUUAGCAUAAUAUCAACGUCUUCCCAAAAAUAACCUAAGAUCUAAGACGACACAUUUACCGUUCUCAUUGCUGAAAUCUUUGCAAUAAAGCAACUGGACUACAAUCAUAUCAGUAGGUUUCUGUUAUGUGAUUGUGAACCAGGAGCAUCCCGCAUUCAGCGAGAUGCAGCGUGGACAAUUAUGACAUUAAAAUGUAUUUGAAAAACAUCAGAGCGAGUGAAGUAGUGCGAUAUGUUCGACGUCCCAGAACAAACCUGAAUCAUUGCCUAUACUAUUUUCAAUAAAAGGACAAACCUGAACCAUUGCCUAUACUAUUUUUAAGAAAAGGUUCCUGUAGGAGGACCUUAUUGGUAUUCUUUGCACAAUCUAUAAAAGAGUAGUUAAGAGUAGACCAUCCUUGUUAAAUUUCAGGUAUGAUAUCAUGAAAAGGUGCUGGAAUCGUAACCCUGACUUCCGUCCUCUUUUUGAAAACCUGCGACAAAGAAUGGACAAAUACCUUCGUGAAGAGGUUUGUUUCUAGAAUUGACAACUUCCCAAUAUUUUAUGCUUUUUAAAGUCUCGAAAACUUUUCAAACUUCUUACCUUUCCCCCAUGUGUUGGGAGUACUUAGUAGCUUUGGUUUUAUUUCCGUUCGCUCUAUAAAAGUUUCAGCUGAGACCAUUUAUACUUCUGGUAAGAGACAUUUUCUAGCCUGUCAGGCCAUUUAGAAGUAUUUCAACUUGUUGGCUCCUUCUGAUAUUUACGGCGAUUGUGAUCGUCUCCAUAAAUCUGCUCAGUUCUACCCACGUACUUGCAACUUCUCUAUUUUUAGAGAGAAAAUAGGAAACUCACUCACGCAUAUCCUAGACUUUAAACCUUAGCGCUCUGCAGCUGAUGUAUUACCCUCAUUUGUUACUUUUUUCCUAAGACGUAUGUGGAACUUCUUGACAUGGACGCUUAUGACAAGGCAAAAUACUCCAGGGUUGAAGAUCUCGGAAAUGAA